AUGUAUACAACAUGCAACAACAAGGUUAUGAAGAGUGGAAUUAUGUUUUCAUUCAUCAUUGUUGUGUUGAAUUUAAUUGUUUACUCCAAUCAGACUCCUCGAUUGAGGGCUCUUGUGGAUCCAAAGGUUCAAUUAAAAACACAAAUCUCAAAGAUGGAAGCCAAAUGUAUGAUUGGAAUGAAGGGAUUGAAAUGUAAUGGAGUGAGGGUCAAUCCACUCUCUAGAAAUGUAAUGGAGGAUCUGCCAAUUGUGGCUGGAGUUGGAUACAGCAGAAUAGAUCACACUAUUAAACCUCAAAUUGUUAAAUCACCUCAAGCAAAGAAGGUCACACAAACAGUCACUAAAUUCCUGAAUGUGAUGGAUAGUGCCGAGAGAUUCUUUGAUUAUGUGUAUCCAGGUGAUGGUGUUCCUAUUUAUAAUGGAUUGUAUAGUCAUAAUUCUGGAGCUGCCGAAAUUUUCACAAACUACUUUAAGGGAAACAUGAUGGUCAUGGAUGCUCAACAACAAUAUGUUACACAUGCUGUUUCAGUUGAUAAAGUUGAAGUCACUGAAGAUUUUCAAAGAAUUUUAGAUAUUUUACCAUCAACAUUGGAUAGAGAUUUAUAUAAUUUAGUUAUUUCAUCAUUUGGAGAUUCAAUUCUUUAUCAAGUUGAGUAUGGUGGAGUUGUUGAUUUGACUGUUUCAGUUAGAUCUUGUUUCAAUGAUGCUAAUAUGAAGAAUUAUUUGGAUUUGGAAUUGCAAAUGGCAGCCGGUGAUGCUCCAAACACUCUUCCAAGUGGCUACAUUAGAUAUCACAAAGUUUCACAAUUGGACAUUGUUGGAGGUAAUCCAGAAUUGAGUGAUAUCAAGCAGAGAGUUAACACAUUCAGUCUCAACCCAGUUCCUGUUAAAUUCUUAUCAGUUCCAAUUUGGAGAGCUUUCCCAAAUGGUCCAAAGCAAGAAAAUAUGAAGAAAGUUUACCAAGAAUACUUGGACGCAAAGGUUAAAGAGAUUUUGAACAUUCGUUCUUCGUUAUAUUCUCACAUUCAAUCAGAGCAAGCUCAAACACUUCCAUUCUAUGUUUAUCAUUACGCUAGAAAUGGUAAAAUUGGUCAAUUGGGUGAAAAGAUUGAAUUGUCUGGUGCAAGUAGUGGAUUUGCCACAGAAUUUAUCAAAAUGUUCAAUCAACCACAAAUGAAGAACUAUGCAUUCAAGCCUUACAUUCACAGACAAGAAGAUGGUUCCUUCUAUUUUGAUUUCAUUAAGGGAACUUGCAAUUCCAUUUCUGUAACUAAUUGUGCCUUCCCAGAUCUCAGUACUACUUUUUUGAGAUCUGCAAGUGAGGAGGUGGAAAGAGAUGAGGAAUUUGUUGAGGUUACCAGUAAUCUUGCUGAAAAUACAAUAAUUGAGGAGUCUACAUCUUUUGUACAGAAUGAUGAAUGGAUUGUUAAUGAUUUGAUUGAAGAAGAAGCACUACUCCAAUUAAUUGAAUUCUUCUACUCGGGUGAGAUUUCAUUUACUACAGAACAAGCAAUUAAUUUGCUUUUAAUUUCUCAAAAGUAUAUGGUUAAGGGUGGAUUGAUUGAAUCAAUUCAGAUCGAUAUUGAAACCAACAUCAAGCCAUCAAAUUGUUUUACUGUUUUCAAAUUGAUUCUCUCAUUAAAUGUUCAAGAUUCAUUCAUUGAUAGAAUGUUGCAAACAUGUGUAUUGGAAAUGAGUAAGAACUUUGAGGCAAUUCUCUCGACGAAUCAAGAAGAAUUACUGAACUUUUCUCCAACUACAUUAAUCACCUUCCUUAAAGCCGCAACAAAAAUCAAGUAUGGAUUGAGGUGUGAUGGUAAAAAACUAUUGAGAUUUAUCAUUGAUUGGUUAAUGCGUGAUAUUGAGAUGAGAAAGGAAUACAUGCAAGAAAUUAAAGCCAUUGAAUGCCAAAUUACCUAUCAAUACAAGUACUAACCAUAUUGCCUUUUCACUU